AUGAUGCUGUUAUUGGUAACAUUUCUUCUACUUCACUAUGGACACAAAUUUCCCAGUUUUUCAUGUGUUUUGUUUAAACUCACUGCAGAUACGCUGGAUCAAGUAACCACAGUUCAACUUGGUGAACCUGUAACCUUGACAUGUGUUUUACCUCCUGGUGAUUUAAGCAGUAAAAUUCACUGGUACAAGCAGAGAGCAGGGGAAACUCUGAAAUUGAUUGCGACACUGCGGCAAACUGCACAACCUCAGUAUGGACAAGGGUUUAAUGCCUCAAGAUUGGAAGUAAAAGACAAUAAGAACAUCAGCAGUCUGACCAUAUUCAGGACAAUCCCAGAAGAUGAAGGAAUGUAUCACUGUGCAGUCAUGGAAUGGAGUGUGAAUACUUGGAGUGGGACAUAUUUGUUAUUAAAAGGGAACACCCAGAGAAAUGUUACUGUUCGGCAGUGGCCAACGGUAUUAGAUCCAGUCCGUGCAGGGGAUUCUGUGACUCUCAACUGUUCAGUCCUCUCAGACUCUGAUAACAAGAUGUGUCCUGGAGAUCUCAAUGUCCUCUGGUUCAGAGGACAAAACUCUCAUCCAAAUAUCAUCUAUGUUGAUGGAAAGAACCAAACUGAAUGUAAGAAGCAAUCAGACACUCAGAAGAGCUGUGUUUAUCGCUUCUCUAAGAAGGUCAGCUCCUCUGAUGUUGGGACUUACUACUGUGCUGUUGUCACAUGUGGAACGAUAUUAUUUGGAGAUGGAACUAAACUGCAAAUUGAAGAAACAGGUUGGGAUCUCAUUGCGCUGGUAAUAGCAAUAAUCUGCCUGGUCAUUUCAGUGAUUGUAAAUAUUGUUUUCACCUGUUUCGGAAGACCAAGACUAGUAUGUAAUAAAUUUAAAGGCAAGUGUCAUUUAUUGAGUGAAAUGUAG